CCAACUCAAGACGAGUCAAAACCAUCCAUCCCUUCCCUUUUAAGCCUUCGCAACAUUCAUUUUCUCCCAUCCCCUUAGCUACCAUUCAUAUAUAUAUAUAUACAAUCACAUAUAUUCUCUGCAAAUUAUAUACAUACACAAACUUCAAGUUAUAUAUAUAUAUAUGUGCAGUAUCUCAGAAGACGAGAAGACAAGAGGAAGAAAAAACAAUCAAGAGAUCGAUGAUCAUGGGUUUCUUAAUCUUCAAAGAAGAGAAAAAAAGACGAAGUGUUCUGAGAUUAGUGAAGACUAUCUUCUUCUUAAUCACCAUGCUCAUUUCACUACUCCUCUUCUCUGCGCCUGUCCUCCUCGUCAUCGCCGACGCACUUCUCCCCUCCGCUCUCCUCUCCGCCUCUCUCUCUCCUCCCACUCCCUCUCUCUCUCUAGCUCAAACUCUCUCCUCCCAUCUCACCAAUUACGAUUUUCGCUAUUCCCUCAUCGACAUCCCUCUAAUCUCCAUCAUCAGAUCAGCCAUUAUACUAUGUGUGUAUAGUUUUUGUGAUGGACCGAGACUAUCAAGAGGGCCGUACUUGGGGAUUACGACGAUGUGCUCUGUUUCGUCGCUGGCGUUUGUAUCGUUGAAGGCUUCGUAUGUGUUCGGAGGUGGAAGAAGAUCAGGUGGGCAUGUUGGAGCUAUGGAGGUGUCGCUGUUCGUAUGUUCACUGGCCCUGGCCAUCGCUCACAUCGUUGUGGCCUAUAGAACAAGUUGCAGAGAGAGAAGAAAGCUUCUUCUUUUCAAAAUUGAUAUUGAAGCUGUUUCGGCAUGCAAGAAAGGGUUUCCUAGGUAUCAAAAGAUUCUGCAGGAAGAAAGAGUGAAGUUAGAGAAAAAUUGAAAUCCCAAUCCCACAUGGGUUCUCCAUUAUUUUGGCUGACAAUACACUCUCUGAGUCAUCCAGGUUUCAGGUAUUAUCCAAAGAUGAUCUCCAACCUGGUGGAUUCAGAACUAGAAGUAAACAAGCAGCUAUACACCUAAAGAACAACCACUUUGAUAUAACAUGUGGUAUUAUAUAGAGAGAGAGAUAGAUAUAGAUAUAGAUAUGGAGAUAGAGAGAGAGUUAAACUGUAUUUUGUACCUAGUGAUGCAGCAGUCAUUGAUUUAUCUCAACCCAAAAUGUACAGAUUUUUCAUUCAGUUUAUGAAGCAUGAAAGUUAUCUUCAUAAAA